AUGUCCUGUGCAGUGGAGACGCCUAUUGAGACGCUGUUGUACGGUCACAAGUUCUUGGCGCGGCCCUUUCGGCUGAAGUCUCAGGCCACACGCGACUGUGAACGACAACCAGAAACAUGUGAACAACACAUCACCAUCACCACACAGGGCACAUGGAACAGACACGACACGUUGCUGCACUUGGCAAGCAUAUGGAAGGGCCCCAUAUCCUUCGCACUGUUAGUGAACACAGACAGAGAAGCGGCCGAGGCUGUGGCUAUGUGCCAAGACGUACCGAACUGCCGACAGUACAUUGAUCUACACAUAUCUGUACGCGCAGGUCAUGUGGCAGAACACACAGGCAGCUUCUACCCCAUCAACUAUCUACGCAACCUAGCCAUGCACAAUGUCAGGACAAAACUGCUCUAUCAACUGGACGUCGACAAUCUGCCCAACGAAUCACACGCACAGUACGUCGUGUGGAUGACAGCAGCCAUGGCAGAUCCAGAUGUCAUGGACGCAGACACCUCAGCCGACUGUCCUGGGCUGCAUGUGUUUGUGCCACCGGCAUUUGAGAUGACUGCGGAUGAUCUCAAUACCAUCGUCACACUCAAAGACGGUUCCCCCACAAUCCCCAAGAAGGCGUUGGUUGACGCAGCACUGAGUGGAGUGGCUUUGCCUAUGCACGGGUACUACCCACCUGCAUACGGCCCCACAGGACACAACGCAUGGCUCACCUCUGGGCAGACAGUCAGGCUCAACUACGUGACUCGUUUUGAGCCAUACUACAUAGCCUCAGUCCCUGUGCCGCUGUUCAACGAGACCUUCGUCAACCGAGGGGGCAACUACGCACAGCAGGUGUAUGAGAUGGCUGCGGCGGGUUAUUCCUUCUGGCGGCUACCGCAGGCAUUCAUCAUAGACAUUCCCCACUCAAAGGCCACCUGCGCACACGCAGCCCAUGACGACGCUGAGCCCGGUACAACCGGGGUUUUAGCGGAUAUUCACCAAGAUGAUAUUGGCGACACCGAAACAGCCACCGAGACCAGCGACAACUCAGACACAAACAAAGACACUAACAGCGCAACAGCCAGUGCUGCUGUGCUGGUGAUGAGCAACGAAUCAGGACAAUUGGAUCAGACAGGGGCUCUGGUGUCGUCCUUGUGGCUCAACUUCUGGGAACACAUUUGCCACAGAUACGGCACACACGCACCACACCCAGACUCCAAGGAACCGUACUUUGCGGACUACCGCUUAUCUUUGGGCGAUCUAUUCAGCGCUCAGAAACUCCGUCUUGACACAGUGCCGAUGGUAGAACCAUCCACGGACAGCCGGAGAGACGAGCACAGAUGA